UUAAUAAUGGGUCCUUGUUCAUCAUAAUCAAGAAAGCCAGCAGCAACCGGCUAGGCUUUAGUGGAAGGCACAUAAAAAGGAAAUAUUGAUGGAUUUAAAGUAGGUCCUGAUAUCUUUGUAACACUUAAGUAAGGGUCAAUAAGUAACUUUUAUAAAAUAGAGAAAAGUUUGGGAUCAGGUAGUUGUAAAAUGUAAAAGUAGGGGCUUUUGGUGAAGUUAGGUUGGUUAUACAUAAAAGUUCUGGAUGCAAGAGAGCUAUGAAACAAAUAAGAAAGGAUAAAAUAAUAAAGGAAGAUGAAGAGAAUAUGUUUUCGGAAGUAAAUACUUUAAAAGAAUUGGAUCAUCCUAAUAUAGUGAAAUUACAUGAAUUAUUUUAAGAUGCAAAAAAUUAUUAUCUCGUGACUGAGUAAAUAAUGACAAUAUUUAUAGAUAUUUAGAAGGAGGGGAGUUAUUUUAAAAGAUUACCGAUAUGAAACAUUUUACAGAAAAAAUGGCUGCAGAUAUUAUGAAAUAAAUUUUGGCUGGGGUUGUUCAUUGUCAUGAAAAGAAAGUAGUUCAUAGAGAUUUAAAGCCUGAAAAUAUACUAUUUGAAAAUAAAAAACCUAAUUCUAAUCUCAAAAUUAUUGAUUUCGGAACUUCGAGAAAGAUGGAAAAUAAUUAGAAUUUAACUAAGAGAUUAGGAACUGUAAAAAAUAUUUAAUAAUUAUAGCCUUAUUAUAUAGCACCUGAAGUAUUAAAGAGAAAUUAUAAUGAAAAAUGUGAUGUAUGGAGUUGUGGAGUCAUACUUUACAUAAUGUUAUGUGGUUAUCCUCCAUUUGGUGGUUAAGAUUAAGAGAUAUUAUAGAAUAUAGAAAUUGGUAAAUAUGAUUUUGAUCGUAAGAAUUUUAUAUUUAUUAAAUUAUAUAGCUGAGGAUUGGAGUAAAAUAUCGGAAGAUGCAAAAAAUUUAAUCAAGAAAAUGUUAACUAAAGAUUAUUAAUAGAGAAUAUCUGCACAAGAAGCUUAUUAAGAUCCUUGGAUUUAAAAGAAUGCACCAAACGGAUAAAUUGAUUUGAAAGCCAUUAAAAACUUAUCAUCAUUUUUUGUAUUAUUCAAAUAUCUAAUUUUAGGGUAAAAAUAAAGUUAGAGCUGCACUUAUGUAAUUUAUUACUACUAAUUUGAUGACAAAUACAGAAAAAGAAGGUUUAAUGAUUGAAUUUAAGAAAAUAGAUAAAGAUGGAAAUGGUUAAAUUAGUAAAGAUGAAUUACUUUAAGGUUUAUAUGUUUAUAAGAUUAAUUUAGUUUAUAUGAAAUAAUAUGAUGAAAUCAAAGCAAAAUAAAUGGUUGAUGACAUUUUUGAAAAAGUUGAUAUCAAUAAAUCAGGUUUUGUAGAUUUUACAGAGUUUAUGAUGUCAGCUGCAUCAGAAGAAAAAUUAUUGAGCAAGAUUAGAUUAUAAUAAGCCUUUAAUAUGUUUGAUACUGUAUUUUAUUUUAUUAAUACUAAAGAAUGGUGAUGGUUAAAUAAGUAGAGAAGAACUUUAAGAAAUUAUGGGUGGAGUAGAUGAUAAUUUAUGGAAGGAAAUUCUAUAGAUGUGUGAUGCUAAUGGGGAUGGUCAGAUAUCAUAAUAAGAAUUUAUUGAUUUCUUAGUGAAAAAAUAUUAACAAUGA